ACCUUUUGUCCCAUCCCAUCCAUUUUCUCUUCCAUCUCACACAGCGUCACAGCCUAUGCUUUUUUGUACUCUCAUUCCUUUUCCUUCUGAAGCUUCUUUCAUCUCUAUCCAUUCACACAACACCAUAUCAAAGAGCUGAACAACUAAAAAAAAUUCAUCCUUCAAUUUUUUUCAUUUCUCACCUCUUUCUCUUAGUUCCUUUCAAGCACACAAAACAAAUUUCCAUUUAUAAGAACAAAGGAAAAGACAAAAGGUACCAACCUACCUUACUACUACCUUACCCAUAGUGGACCCUUCAACUUAUCACUUUGAUUACGAUUCAUUAAACACUGUCGUUUAGCAAAAAGGGUUUCAUUUCAUCUUUCACACCAAACUGGCGAAAAUGAGUUUAACAACAGUAGAAGACGAUUCAUCUUCCGAAAUCCAUUUACCAGCAGAAAUUGACUGGCACAUGCUAGACAAAUCAAAGUUCUUCUUCCUCGGCGCCGCCUUAUUCUCCGGCGUCUCCGCCGCACUUUAUCCAAUGGUGGUUUUGAAAACUCGCCAGCAGGUUUCUUCUUCACACUUUUCUUGUAUCAACAUGUCGUGUGCUAUUAUGCGGUAUGAAGGUUUUAGAGGCUUUUAUAAAGGCUUUGGUACUUCUUUGAUGGGAACUAUUCCUGCUAGAGCACUUUACAUGACGGCACUUGAGGUUACAAAGAGUAGCGUUGGUACUGCUUUUGUUGAUUUGGGGUUUUCUGAUAAUACUGCUACUGCUGUUGCUAGUGCUGCUGCUGGUGUUACUUCUGCUAUGUCUGCGCAGUUGGUUUGGACUCCAAUUGAUGUUGUUAGUCAGAGACUCAUGGUUCAGGGUUGUAGCAGUGGUGGCGGUGGUGGUGGAGGAAAGGGUAUUUUGGCGAAUUUAAAUUCGGAGAAUUAUAGAAAUGGUUUAGAUGUGUUUAGAAAAAUUCUUUAUAAUGAUGGGCCAAGAGGAUUCUAUAGAGGAUUUGGGAUUUCGAUAUUGACAUAUGCGCCAUCGAAUGCUGUUUGGUGGACUUCUUAUUCUAUGGUGCAUAGGUUCAUUUGGGGUAAUUUCGGUUCGUGUUUGUGUAAGAGUGGUGGUAAUUUGGGUGGUGGUGGUGGUGAUGGGUGUGUUGGUUUUAGGCCUGAUUCGAAGGUAAUGGUUGGUGUACAAGGUUUGAGUGCUGUUGUGGCGAGUGGUGUUUCGGCUGUUGUGACAAUGCCGUUUGAUACUAUUAAGACUAGGUUGCAGGUUUUGGAUACGGAGGAGAAUGGGAGAAGGAGGCCGUUAACUUUUGCGCAGACGGUUAGGAAUUUGGUGAAUGAAGGUGGUUUGUUUGCUUGUUAUAAAGGAUUGGGACCGAGGUGGGUGUCGAUGUCUAUGUCUGCUACGACUAUGAUUACUACUUACGAGUUUUUGAAACGCAUGUCUACAAAGAGGCAAGAUUAGUCCAAUUUAGAUUCUUGAUAGAGGUUUAGCAGCAUAAUAUAUGUUUAUAGGAUUAUGGUUUUAAAUUGCGGUUCAAGUAGUUGUGAUUAUGCUGUUGAAAUUGUUUGCCAACGUUGUCAAAACCUUAAAAUCCUCUAUAUUGUGGUCGUAACUGCAAGUUGGUGAACACAAUUUAGAACUAUGCAUAGGAUAAUAAGAAUUAGGAUUAAAGUUAGGAUUAGGUUUUUUUUCUUCUUUGGAAUGUUCUUUUUCUUCUAAAUUUUAGUUUGUUAGGUUCUAUGUUCAUAUGAUGAAUGAGCUUGUAAAUACAACUCUUUUGCUUUUCUAAUCAAAAGUUACCAUAGGCGUUUCAUAUAAUUGUUACUUAUUUUUGAAGUUUUGUCUUUCAUAUUUAGAAGUAUUAUUGCUCUUUAGAUUACUCAAUACUCAUAUAGUGAGGGAUGUGACUCUGGCUUUUGCGGUUUUCAAAGGACAUUGUCAUGUAGAAAAUGUGACAUAAAUCACAAGGUCAUUAAGGCCUUCCAAAAUUUGACCUUAAGACAAAAUCAAAGUAUCAUUAUUAAUUUGCUUUUAUUUUUAUUUAUCUUGUUUUGUAGUUAAAUUGCUAAAUUUGGUGAUUGUGUUUG